AUGGUAACCGUUGACGACUAUUUCACCAAUCAGAAUGUCGGUGAUUUUGCAGCAACGCGGAAUGCCAACAUGUUUUGGACGGGGAUGAGUGAAAAGGGUGUUACAACUAAGAAUGAGAUAGCCAUGACUUGGAACAUGAACGCAGAAGCGUCCAUAUAUCAAGGUCGAUGGUCGGUGAGGAACCCAGACACAACUUACGGAAAUUGUGUCUACAUAGAGAAGAAAGACGGUGACUACGUUUGGACUGUAGGCAGCUGUCUGAUGAAGAUGGCGUUCGUAUGCCAAAGAACUUCCUGUCUACCUCAAAGUUUCCACUGUGACAAUGGUCGCUGUGUUAACUCCAACUGGCGCUGUGAUGACGUGAAUGACUGUGAAGAUUUUUCGGAUGAAGUGGAUUGUGCAGGAAGAUGUAGGUACUUGCUCACUGCCAACUCUGGAAGAAUCCAAUCUCCAAACCACCCCUCAAACUAUCAACCUUCCAGAGUGUGCACAUGGACAAUAGUUGGACCUGAAGGAUCCAAUAUUUAUUUAGAGUUUUUAUCCUUUAACACGGAGAAAGACACAGACAUUGUGGAGGUCCUUAUUGGGGGCCGUACGGAGUCCACCGCCCGCUCUGUGGCCCGCUUGUCAGGACAGCCUAGUCUCUCAACCGCCAGAUACAGAAGCUACAACAACUACAUGAUCAUCCGAUUCUCCACAGAUUCCCAGACAGAGAAAGUGGGCUUCACUGCCACCUACAUUAGUUCACAACAUAGUUAUCCGAAAGAGUUGUACAUGACCGCUAGAUCCACAGUCAGUACCUUGGAACCUUUAUUGUUCAGCUCUCAGGGAAGUAAUGCGUACCUUGGAAACCGAGAUUAUGUGUGGAUUAUUAGAGCUGAGGAACGCUGGACAAUAGUUACCCUAGAGAGAAUGAAAAUUGACCUGACAGGAGAUGACGUGAUAGAGAUUCGUGAUGGAGACUCUGGCAGCGCCCCUCUCCUGGAGAAGUAUACGGCUAGUAACAAUGACAAUGUGGACCUCCCUCUCUCUCAGUCAGAGCCGGUGAUGGGGAAGAGGAUCGUGUUCUCCACAAGCAAUGUGAUGUACGUCAUCAUGAGGACCAGUGACUCUACGUCAGGCACUGGGUUUUCCUUCCAGUAUAAACAAGGAUGUGUUGCUAGAUACACUGCGGGUGCAGGGGAGAUAAUCAGUCCAGGAUAUCCCAAUGUUAAUUACGCCAAUUUCCAGACCUGUACUUGGACAAUAGAUAUACCUAGUGGCAAAGGUGUCAAGGUUAUGUUGGAUAGAUCUAAGGGCUUUGAAAUUGCUGAUAAUGAGGACUUCAUUCAGAUUUACACCAAUAGCACAGAUGAUUCCGGGAAUGCUGCCCAUGGAUCAGGAGCUGGGUUCACGACCAUCUCUCUAUCCAAUGAUCAACCCUUUCACAGUCCCAAUGGGAAAAUGUUCAUCAGAUUCAAAUCUUCUGCUAUCACCAACAAGAAAGGAUUUCGACUAAUCUACUCUAUUGACUGCCCAGACCCUGGUUUGACAGAAGCCUCUGAGGUGAACCCCUCACAGACAGCUGUACAAUUACGUCAGUUUGACAACGAGUUCACUGUCAGCUGUAAAAAUGGAUACGGCUUCCAUUCUGAUGAGUUGAAUCUGCGCACUGCAAGAAUGAAGUGCAUGUAUGGAGGGAAAUGGUUGGUUGAGCAGAGAACUCGUACAAUUCCUCAGUGUAAACCCAAUUACUGUGGAGAACCAGUGGCUGUUGAAAAUGGUUACAUUUCACAAUCCAGUGGUGUUGUGUUUGGAUCGUUUGUGACCUUUACCUGUUUCCCAGGGUUCACUUUGCUGGGUUCUGCCAACAUCACGUGUCAGUCCACUCAGUGGACCAGUAGGCCACAAUGUGUUUCUCCUAACUGUCCAGCCCCGCCUACUAUCAGCAAUGGCCAGCUCUCCAGCAGCAGCAACCAGUAUGCUGCCAUUGUUAACUACACCUGUAAUUCCGGGUACCAGUUGAUAGGAGCACCAAUCUUGUUUUGUCAGCCCACAGGCCAAUGGACAGCCUCAGCUCCCGAGUGUAUAAAAGUCACAUGCCCUAUUCCUGGAAUAAAAAAUGGCAGAGUGUCCUCUUCCACCUUACCUAAGUUCCAAGAAACUCUGACAGUAACUUGUGAUGUAGGAUACAGGAUGAAUGGAUCUGCCACCAUUACAUGUAGGGAAGACAGAAGUUUUGAUGCUGUGCCAAAUUGUAUUGCUGAAGGUUGUUUCAAAGAAACCUUGCGCCCUACAUCCAAUGCUGUGAGAAGUUGUGAUAGGGUAGGUGGUGAUGUAACAUGCACCUAUGUUUGUAAGAGUGGGCAUGUGUAUUUUGAUGGAACUACCUCCAAACAAUACAAUUGCUCAGUAGCCAAUAAAUGGUACCCUACAGCCAAUCCAGAAUAUUGUCUCUUGUACGAGGUUCCAUCCUACAAGGCAAAGCUUGAAGUUCAAUAUGUGACUGAAGACCAUCUGGCAUCUAAUUGUAAAGGUGGUUUUGAAAAUAUGCUGGUUACACAUAAUACAACGAUAGCAAAAGCAAUAGAUGACAAAUGUAGGGAUAUACGCCCAGGAAUGUUUGCCAUUAGGAGUUUCAGCUCCACAACAUUAUCAUUCAAGGUAACAUUUAUAUAG